CACGAUUUGCAAGCCAAGCACCGGUAUAUUUUAAAAGAACAUUUUCCUACAAAAUCAGGAUGACUGACUUCGAUAACGCCACUAAAAGUAUCAGAAAAAUCGAGAAAGAAAUUCUUCAACUGAAAUCUGAAAUAGCUGAUACGCGUCAAGGGCUCGGUUUGGAAUUACUCGAUCCGGAACUAAAGAAAAUAAUGGAAGAAAACACGAGGCUGCGCCACCGCCUUGAAAUCCUGCAAUCGUCGGUAAAGCGCGAGCAGUCUUCUGCUAGUGGCAAUGAUCAUGUCGUGUUUUCUAUCCUCGGACAAUUGCAACAACUCUUCGCCGAGGCCAUCACUAAAGCUUACCCGGGAGUAACAGUGCCGGCAGUGAUAACGAUUUCUUCCUCUGCUAAGUUCGGCGAUUAUCAAUGCAAUAGUGCAAUGCAAAUAGUACAGCAACUAAAACAGCAAUCGAUUAAGGCUUCUCCGCGUGAUGUUGCUGAAAAACUUAUAACAGCGUUGGAUCACUCGAUAAAUUUCAUCGAAAAAGUUGAAGUAGCUGGUGCAGGUUAUGUCAAUGUAUUCCUUUCCAGGACUCAUGGAGAGAAAUAUGUUAUGAACAUUUUGAAAGAAGGUGUAUUAGCACCACGUCAGGAGCGUAAGAAGGUGGUUGUAGAUUUUUCAUCGCCAAAUGUGGCUAAAGAAAUGCACGUUGGGCACCUCAGAUCAACAAUUAUCGGUGACUCUAUUUGCCGUUUCCUUGAGUUUCUGGGGCAUGAUGUGUUGCGCAUCAAUCACAUUGGUGACUGGGGAACACAGUUUGGUAUGUUGAUUGCACAUCUACAGGAUCGCUUUCCGGAUUUCCAAUCUGUUUCCCCACCGAUCAGUGACUUGCAAGCAUUUUACAAGGAGUCGAAAGUUCGUUUUGAUAGUGACGAGGCAUUCAAGAAGCGUGCCUACGAGUGCGUGGUAAAACUACAGAGCGGAGAACCGAGCUACUUGAAAGCAUGGAACCUAAUAUGCGAUGUAUCCCGUAAGGAGUUCCAGACCAUUUACAAUCGUCUGGAUGUUAAGCUGAUUGAGCGUGGAGAGUCCUUUUACCAGAGCCGUAUGCAGCAAAUCGUAGCCGAACUCAAAUGUAGCGGAUUCCUGGAGGAAGACGAAGGUCGCCUGAUUAUGUGGGGAGAAGAUCGUAACGGCAUUCCUCUAACGAUCGUAAAAUCGGACGGCGGAUUUACGUACGACACGUCCGACAUGGCCGCCAUAAAGCAACGCUUACACGAAGAAAAGGCUGAUUGGCUUAUUUACGUAACUGAUGCGGGACAGGCGACACAUUUCCAGACUGUCUUCUCUUGCGCAAGACGAUCGAACAUAUUAGAUCAAACUAAGCAUCGCGUAGAUCACGUAGGAUUUGGCGUAGUACUUGGAGAAGAUGGUAAAAAAUUUAAAACACGUUCAGGUGACACGGUAAAGUUGGCGGAGCUACUAGAUGAAGGUCUAAAACGAUCGAUGGAUAAACUGAUCGAAAAAGAACGUAAUCUGGUACUUUCUCCUGAAGAGAUGCGUGCAGCCCAGGAAUCCGUUGCGUACGGUUGUAUAAAAUAUGCUGAUCUAUCACACAAUCGUAAUAACGAAUACGUUUUUUCUUUCGACAAGAUGCUGGAAGAUAAAGGCAACACAGCCGUCUAUUUACUUUACGCUUACACGCGUAUCCGUUCAAUAGCUAGAACUUGUGGAGGUGAUUUUGCCAACAACAUGCAAAAAGUAAUCGAGAAUACGAACAUCACGCUGGAGCAUGAAAAAGAAUGGAAAUUAACCAAGGUUUUACUUCGCUUUACCGAUGUCAUUCUCCUGAUCACGAAAAAUCUCUCGUUGCACCAUCUGUGUGAAUUUGUGUACGAAAUUUGUACAACAUUUAGCGAAUUUUAUGACAGUUGUUACUGCAUCAAAAAAAAUGCGAAAGGAGAGAUAGUCGAAGUGAACGCAUCAAGAGUACUACUGUGUGAGACAACAGCUAGAAUUUUGGGAAAAUGCUUCAACAUUUUGGGUCUUAAACCAGUUCAUAAAAUAUGAAUGCUUUGCUAAAAGUGAGUAAGCAUUGAGAUCAAAAGCGAAUUAUAAAGUUAUAUAAUUAGUUAUAAAGCAAACAAAUUGUCCGUUUGUUUAAACUGGUUGUUAUGCAAUUACAGUACAGUAGAUAUCCGACAUACGCGGUUUUCAAAAUUUGAUAGUAGAU